CUAUCAAAGCGCCGUAAAAGCUUGGUUGAUGACUCAAAGUCUGAAGUCGAAGUCACAAGUGAGCCAAGCUUCCAUCAUCGUUACUCUCAGUUGACCGAUAUAAUACAGAAAAGUCAAAGCAAGCAAAACGCAAAGCUGAGGAAACCGAAACGACUAGUGAACAUGCCGAUACGGAUGUCCCUCGCCGAAAGAAGAAAGCACCAUUAUCCUCGCCUGAUUUGA